GGCCCCGAGUGUGACCGGUUUCCGGCCGGUGGUGCCGCACCGGCUGCCAGGAGACGUGUAACGGACGGUGGGCCGCAGCCAUGGCCGAGAGGAAACUUAACGGUAGCGGCGGCGCCGCCUCUACCUCCUCAUCGGGCACUAACUUACUCUUCUCCUCCUCGGCCACGGAAUUCAGCUUCAACGUGCCCUUCAUCCCAGUCACCCAAGCCGCCGCUGCCUCGGCCUCCUUGCUCCUGCCUGGAGAAGAUUCCACCGACGUUGGGGAGGAGGACAGCUUCCUCGGUCAGACUUCUGCUCACACGUCUACCCCACAGACCUUUAGUUACUUCUCUCAGGUAUCAAGCAGUAGUGAUCCUUUUGGGAAUAUUGGACAGUCGCCGUUAACAACUGUGGCAGCAUCGGCUGGACACUCAGCAUACUCCAAGUCCCCAGCUGCUCUCCCUUUUACAACUGGAUCCCAAGAUGCGUCGAAUGCGUGCUCACCAGCCAUUUCGAAGGCUCAGUAUGGUGCUCCACCUUCUGCACAGAUGGGAAUGAAUACUUACCUGCCUUCUCAGCCAAGUAGUCUCCCUCCUUCCAAUUUUGGGAGCCCACCGCAAGGAACGCCCCAACAAGGACACAAUCCAUAUCGUCACACCCCUGUAAGCAGCAGGGCUAAUCCUUAUAUUGCACCCCCACAGCUGCAACAGUGCCAAACACCAGGCCAUCCCCCCCAUCCUCCACCCGCCGGACCCCCGGUUCAGAUGUACCAGAUGCCUGUAGGAUCUUUGCCACCGAUUCCUGCUUCAGUGCCAUCGGGGUUGACCCCUCCAACACAACAGCAGGCUCUUGCUAGACCCACAGGUCCUUCUGUGCAAACGCCCCCUCCUUUUCUACUUCAAAACCAAUAUGAACCUGUUCAACCCCACUGGUUUUACUGCAAGGAGGUAGAAUACAAACAAUUGUGGAUGCCUUUCAGUGUGUUUGACUCUUUGAAUCUUGAAGAAAUCUAUAAUUCAGUCCAGCCGGACCCUGAGAGUGUGGUUCUAGGCACCGAUGGAGGGCGCUAUGACGUUUAUCUCUAUGAUCGACUGAGGAAGGCUGUGUACUGGGAAGAGGAGCCGGCGGAAGUCAGACGCUGUACUUGGUUUUACAAAGGGGACACAGACAGCAGAUUUAUUCCCUAUACAGAGGAGUUCAGUGAAAAACUAGAGGCUGAAUAUAAAAAAGCAGUAACCACCAAUCAGUGGCACCGUAGAUUAGAGUUCCCAAGUGGAGAGACCAUCGUUAUGCACAAUCCAAAGGUUAUUGUUCAGUUCCAGCCUUCAUCAGUGCCAGAUGAAUGGGGAACCACACAAGAUGGACAGACAAGGCCCAGGGUUGUAAAGCGUGGAAUUGAUGAUAACCUUGAUGAAAUUCCUGAUGGAGAAAUGCCUCGGGUUGACCAUUUGGUGUUCAUGGUGCAUGGCAUUGGACCUGUGUGUGACUUGCGCUUUAGAAGCAUUAUUGAAUGUGUGGAUGAUUUUCGGGUGGUUUCUCUGAAAUUGCUGCAGACACAUUUCAAGAAAUCUGUAGACGAUCGGAAAGUAAGCAGAGUGGAGUUUCUUCCUGUUCAUUGGCACAGUUCCUUGGGUGGGGACGCCACAGGUGUUGACAGGAAUAUUAAGAAAAUCACCUUACCAAGUAUUGGUCGGUUUCGUCACUUUACCAAUGAAACCUUGCUAGAUAUUUUAUUUUACAAUAGCCCCACCUACUGUCAGACGAUUGUGGAAAAAGUGAGCAUGGAGAUCAACCGUCUACAUGCACUUUUUAUGAGUCGGAAUCCAGACUUUAAAGGAGGAGUCUCUGUUGCUGGUCACAGUUUAGGUUCUUUAAUAUUAUUUGACAUCCUAUCUAAUCAAAAAGAUUUGAAUUUGUCAAAGUCUCCUGGGCCUUUUGCUGUUGCUAAUGGAGUUGUGAAGCAGCCACAUUUUCAGGAAAAGCAGAUGCCUGAAGAGUCAAAGCUGACUUUGGAUGAGUCUUGUGACCUUGAUGUUGAAAAUGAAGAAGUCCUAAGUUUGCAAGAAACUCUGGAAGCACUUAGCCUCUCUGAAUAUGUUAGCACUUUUGAAAAGGAAAAGAUUGACAUGGAAUCUCUGCUUAUGUGCACAGUUGAUGACCUGAAGGAGAUGGGCAUACCCCUUGGACCCAGAAAGAAGAUAGCUAACUUUGUAAAACAGAAAGCGGUUAAACUGGAACAGAAAAAAGCAGCAUCAGAGAAGAAGGCAGUGAUGGCUGCUUCGACAAAAGGGCAAGAGGAAAGUGCUCAGAAAGCUAAAGAGACGGCUUCUCUCCCCUCAGAAUCUAAUGAGUCCAAGAGGAAACUUCCAGUUGGUGCUUAUGUAUCUUCUGUGCAUGUUGAUUAUGAGUCUUUUGAAGUUGGCACUGGACAGGUUUCUGUUGUUUACAACUCAUUAGACUUUGAACCAGAGAUUUUCUUUGCCUUGGGAUCUCCAAUUGGUAUGUUUCUCACUGUUCGAGGAGUGGAUAGGAUAGAUGAGAACUACAGGCUUCCCACCUGUAAAGGAUUCUUCAAUAUUUAUCAUCCACUUGAUCCAGUGGCGUAUAGAUUAGAGCCUAUGAUUGUUCCAGAUUUGGACCUGAAAGCAGUUCUCAUUCCCCAUCACAAAGGCAGAAAAAGACUUCAUUUAGAGUUGAAAGACAGUCUCUCUCGUAUGGGAUCUGAUUUGAAGCAGGGCUUCAUCAGCUCCCUGAAAAGCGCUUGGCAGACGUUGAACGAGUUUGCCCGCGCUCACACCUCUUCAGCUCAGCUUCAGGAAGAACUGGAAAAGGUGGCCAAUCAGAUCAAAGAAGAAGAAGAAAAACAAGUCGUUGAAGCAGAAAAGAUUGUUGAAAGUCCAGAUUUUUCCAAGGAUGAGGACUACUUAGGAAAGGUGGGAAUGCUAAACGGAGGCCGUCGAAUUGACUACGUUCUUCAAGAAAAGCCAAUAGAGAGUUUUAAUGAAUAUCUUUUCGCUCUUCAGAGUCAUUUAUGCUAUUGGGAAUCUGAAGAUACUGCCCUGCUGUUACUUAAAGAAAUUUAUCGAACAGUGAACAUUAGUCCAGAACAGCCCCAGCAUUGAUUGGACUUCAGUCUCACUCUGCUUUCUUGUCUUUCCAGAAAGUCAGGCAAGAAAUUGCAUUGCUGAGAAAACCCUCAGAAGACAUUCCCAGUUUGCUCCCGUGAUGGAUGACAGAAAAGUGGUUCAUCAGCGUUUGCUCACAAUUUCUCACAUGUAGGAAGUCGUUUCAAAGAAAACGUACAGAACAAAAAGACAAUGGAGAAAAUCAGUACCACAUGUGGACAGUAUAGAUAAGAAAACGUAAUUUGAAAAAUGAUGCAAUUAAAAAUUCCUCAGAUCAGUUUAGUUGUACAGCUGUCAGAGUAAUGCGUGAUAUCAAUGAAGAAAUAUUUGUAGCAUGCAGAUGGUUAUUUCUGUUUCUUAAAAACCUAUUGUCAAUGGGCCAUUAAACUUGCAUUUUUUUAAA